AUGCCCACGACGACCAUCGCCCACCAACACAACCGGCUGACUUUCCUCCUCCGACUGCUAGUCCGCUCGUCGUUGUCCCUCAAACGAUUCUUCGAGUAUGUCCUCAGCCAUCCACAAGGCGGGGAGCUGCUGCGCUUUGUUUUCCUCGGGACCGUCAUGGAAACUGGACGCGCGUUGGCUCUCAAAGUGCCUGAAUUCGUCAAAAGCUUCUUCCAGGUCAAUGCCCACUUUCCUCGUGCAGAUAUCUCACAUGAAUGGAUUUCGACAUAUAUCGAGCACCACAACGUCUGGCGGGGGUCUCGCUUCCGCACCUUUACCGUUGUUGCCAAAGACACCACUCGGAUCACGGACCGGGAGGUGCCCUUCCGGAGUCACGACGGCUACCUCGAUGCAGUCUAUACGCAGGCAUGGGAUCCAGAGCUCUUCUUCUGGCGCCGCCGCUGGAUUACGGUGUAUGUCGACGACAACGGACUGACGUUGCAGGUCUGGAGCCUCAAACGCGGCGUUCUCGAUGAGCUCAUUCAGGAGGCACGGAAUUUCUAUCAGUCCCGCACGGUUCCUCCGCCUAUCGUAUUGAACGAUACCUCUGGAUCGCUGGUAACCGCGUGGUUUGAAGGUGGGGACUUCAGCUACACGUGGAUUCUCGAGUACCUUCAAGCGCAAGACGGCAUCAUGAGCGAGAAUGCCCAAUUCUGUAUAUCGACGAGGCAGCCAGAUGCAGGAUGGUCCCGCCGUGCAAGGAACUCAACGCCAAGCACUGCAAACCAGAUUCACGCGUUACCAAUGCGUGCUGGGAGUGCUCAUAGAUUCCGAUGGCGCAACUACUGGGUGCAAGCUAACCUCAUCGCUGGAGGCCCACAAAUCACCAUCCUCAUUCACACAUCAGACAAGUCUGUCAUCUUCGAAUUCAUCGAGGCUGCACGGGCGCACUACGCUGCAGCCUCUAUGUCCCGUGUGAACGUGCAUUUGACUAACUUUGGCAACUGGGGACGUGUCGUCACCAAAAGCCGCCGCGCAUAUUCGACGUUGAUUCUCCCUGAAGGCAUCAAGGAGAAUCUACUUGCUGACGUGAGAGAGUUUCUGGAUAAUGAAGAGUGUACAAGUUGUUACUGGGACGACCACGUGAGGCAAUCCGUCUUGCCUCACCCGUCGUUCCAGCUUGAGCCUCCGCGCACGUACCUAAUUCAACAUCCACAUCGCCGUGGGUAUCUUUUGUAUGGCGAACCUGGGACUGGGAAGAGUACGACUGUGCAUGCUCUGGCGGGAGAAUUAGGUAUGGAGAUUUACUUCAUCUCCCUUGCGUCCCCCGGUAUCGAUAAUCACACCCUCGGCGAGCUCUUCCACUCGACACCGCCGCAUAGCAUCCUGCUCAUCGAAGACAUCGACUGCGCGUUUCCGUCGCGUAUCCUCGACAGCACCCAACUUGAUGAGCACGGCCAACCGACAGAGGUGCUCAAGCCGCGUUCACUUGUGACGCUUUCAGGUCUUCUGAACAUUCUGGACUCGGUCGCAAGCCAGGAGGGCAGAGUGCUAAUCACCACCACAAAUCACAUCGAGCAGCUCGACCCUGCGCUUAUCCGUCCCGGGCGAAUAGACAUGCAAAUCAAAUACAACCUCGCCACUGCUGAGCAGCUGCAAGACGUUUUCCACCGGUUCUACCCCAGCGCGGACAAAACGGGCCCCGACCUGCCCAAGAUGGCGUUCCGGCCCGGCCCGGGGAUAGAUGUCGAUGCCUUGGCGGAAGCGUUUGCACAGGCAAUUCCGCAGGGCAAAUACUCGCUUGCGCAGAUACAGGGCUUUCUGCUCGGGUUCAAGCAGGAUCCAGCCGGCGCGGUUCGGGACGUCGGCACGUGGGCGGCGGAUGUCACGGCCCGGGAAGCGGAGCUGAAGGCAUUGAGGCAGAGGGAAGCAGAGAACGCGCCGCCGGUGUUGCGGGGGUCGCGCUAUUCGCCGGUUGGGUGGGGAAAUCCAUCAGGCGGGUGGGGUAAUUAUUAA